AUUCUCACUCUCAGCAAGCAACACACCCAGUCAGAGGUAGCUGCUCGUCCCAGUCGGAGGUCCGUGUAGAGACACUCUUCUCUUCUUCCUCUGCUUUUCUAAUCUGUUGCAGAGCAUGGAGACUUCAAAAGGAAGAGGUCCAGGACAAAAUAAAAGAUUUUGGAGCGAAGAUGAAGACAAACACUUGGUUGAAGCACUUAUGGAACUGAAUAAUGAAGGGAAGUUUAAAGCUGAAGGAAAUUUCAGGCCAGGUCAUCUUAGAGCUCUUGAGAUGAAAUUAAAGGAGCGGAUGCCUGAAUGUGAUAUACAAGCUAAGCCACACAUUGAGUCUAGAAUGAAGACUUUGAAGACUCAUUUUCAAGUGGUUCAUGAAAUGUUGACUGUACCAUUUUGUAGCGGAUUUGGGUGGGACAACGACAGAAAAACUGUUACUGCAGAAAAGUCAGUGUGGGAAGCAUAUUUGCAGAGUCACAAAGAAGCAGCCCCCUUCAAGAUCAAGUCAUUCCCUUGGUAUGAUGACUUAUGUAUGGUUUUUGGCAAGGAUCGUGCAACUGGAAAAAAUGCAGAGAGUGCAGCAGAUGUUGUUGAAGAACUUCAAACUGAAGAAGAAAACACUACUCUUGGAGAAGAUGAUUUCAACUAUGCUAACAAUGUGGAUAAAGUGCCAUCUAUGUCUGUUUCAGAUGCAACAAGAGGUGCUCAAUCUCACACUCAAUCAGAUGGGUCUUCAAAGAAGAAAAGGAAAACUGUAAAUCAUGUAGAACUUUCAGAUGCACUCACACAAUCAGCUUGCAUUAUCGCAAGAGAAAUUGAAAAGGCUUCUAUUCGUUUGAGUAAAGCUAUUGGUGAAGACAUGAAUGAAAAGCAUAUGCAACUUGGGAAAGAGUUAGAAAGGACCACUACACUUACCACAGCUCAACGUCAUAAGGUAGCUCGCAUGAUUAUGCAAGACAGUGCUCUGGUUUCUUACUUUUUCAGUGUCCCAGAUAAUGAGAAGAAUGAAUGGGUGACACUUCUUCUUGAUGGCUCUCUCUAA